UGCCUGUGUGACGCCCAACAGAUCGGCGAUGGCUACCGUUGUUAUGGCAACCUGAUAGAGCGGCUAGUGGAGUUGGACAGGGAGGGGACCCACAAGGGGAAGCUCUCUGGAGCCAUCAUGCUAUUUGGUACCCAACCUCCCUGUGUGUGUUGUUGUUGUUGUUGUUAAAAGGGCAGGUUACUAAUGUCUGUUUUCUUUAUAUUCAGUGAGAGGCUGUAUGCUGACCAUGAGCCAACGGGGACCUUUCACCGCUUUCAUCCCUCUACUCAAAGUGCCUCUAGCAGUAAGUUACCGUAACAACCCUAACCCUAAUAACGUAACCCUAACAACCUAACCCUUAUAACCUAACCCAGGAGUUGCCAAUCAUACUAACUGAUCCCAGAUCUGUCUGUGCUUUAGUCAAACCUCUCCUCGGGACCCACAGCCGUUCCAUGUAUUUAACUAUUCCAGAGCUAGCACACCUGAUCACCUGAUCAUCAAGCCCUUUAAUAGGUCAAUGAGCUGGUUCAGAGUUACAACAGCAUCACUGCUUUAGUCUACGUCAUGGCAACCAGUCAGCUAAAGCACUUUAAUAUGCCAUUUAGCAGACGCUUUUAUCCAAAGCGACUUACAGUCACGCUUGCAUACAUUUUUACAUAUGGGUGGUCGCGGGGAUCGAACCCACUACCCUGGCGUUACAAGAGCCAUGCUCUACCAAUUGAGCUACAGAGGACCACUUUCAGAUCUGAUCGGGGACCAGAGUUGCAUCCCAAGCUUACGCUCUCUUCUGCUAAAUUGUUAGCGAAAAUUACAUGUGUACUGGGUAGGGUUGCAUAAUUCUGGUAACUUUGCCAAAAAUUCAACGGCUUUCCAGAAAUCCUGGUUGCAAGAUUUCUGGAUGUAUAAGAGAAUACCCAGGAAAAUCCGUCAAUCCUCCAACCAGGAUUUUGGGAAAACCAGGGAAUUUUGGGGAAAGUUAUCGGAAUGUUGCAACCUUAGUACUAGGGGACCAUUAGAGAUGCAGCCCAGGUUACCGACUCCUGUCCUGUUGUCCAACCCCCUCAGGGUGUUUCAGACGAGUCUGUGUGUCAACGUUACCUGGUGAGGGGCCAGUACCUGUAUAAAAGCCUGGAUGGAACCGACGUCUAUACUGCAAGUGGACUACAACUCAGGUUCAAGCCCAAUAAGGUGAAGGAAAUAUUAUAUUCUCAUUCAUCUGUGUGUCUAGGCAAAUCAUACCUUUCAUAUCUUGGUUCAAAUCAUAUCUUUCAAUAAUCUUUCAUCUACAGGAUAAACUAAAUCUCUUUGAAUUAUUUCUCUUCAGAUUUUAAACUGAAUAUUGAAUGCUUUGGAUAAGGUUGAAAAAUGAUGCAUAGGUUUUCCCAGUUGGAAUGUUCCAUCAGAAAGGGAAUAAGCAGGAAAUCCGAGAAUCCUCCAACCGGGGUUUCUGGAAAAACCUUGGACGUUACAGGAAUUUUGCAACCCUAAGUUAUCUUGUGUAUGCUCUGAAAAAUGUCCUCAUUCUUUACGGUUGCGUCUCAAAUGGCCCCCUAUUCCCUAUAUAGUGCACUACUUUAGACCAGAGAAUGACACCCUAUUCCCUAUAUAGUGCAUUACGUUAGACCAGAGAAUGGCACCCUAUUCCCUAUAUAGUGCACUACUUUAGACCAGAGCAUGGCCCCCUAUUCCCUAUAUAGUGCACUACUUUAGACCAGAGAAUGGCACCCUAUUCCCUAUAUAGUGCACUACUUUAGACCAGAGAAUGGCACCCUAUUCCCUAUAUAGUGCACUACUUUAGACCAGAGAAUGGCACCCUAUUCCCUAUAUAGUGCACUACUUUAGACCAGAGAAUGGCACGCUAUUCCCUAUAUAGUGCACUAUUUUAGACCAGAGAAUGGCACCCUAUUCCCUAUAUAGUGCACUACUUUAGACCAGAGAAUGGCACCCUAUUCCCUAUAUAGUGCACUACUUUAGACCAGAGAAUGGCAACCCUAUUCCCUAUAUAGUGCACUACUUUAGACCAGAGAAUGGCACCCUAUUCCCUAUAUAGUGCACUACUUUAGACCAGAGAAUGGCACCCUAUUCCCUAUAUAGUGCACUACUUUAGACCAGAGAAUGGCACCCUAUUCCCUAUAUAGUGCACUACUUUAGACCAGAGAAUGGCACCCUAUUCCCUAUGUAGUGCACUACUUUAGACCAGAGAAUGGCACCCUAUUCCCUAUAUAGUGCACUACUUUAGACCAGAGAAUGGCACCCUAUUCCCUAUAUAGUGCACUACUUUAGACCAGAGAAUGGCACGCUAUUCCCUAUAUAGUGCACUAUUUUAGACCAGAGAAUGGCACCCUAUUCCCUAUAUAGUGCACUACUUUAGACCAGAGAAUGGCACCCUAUUCCCUAUAUAGUGCACUACUUUAGACCAGAGAAUGGCACCCUAUUCCCUAUAUAGUGCACUACUUUAGACCAGAGAAUGGCACCCUAUUCCCUAUAUAGUGCACUACUUUAGACCAGAGAAUGGCACCCUAUUCCCUAUAUAGUGCACUACUUUAGACCAGAGAAUGGCACCCUAUUCCCUAUAUAGUGCACUACUUUAGACCAGAGAAUGGCACCCUAUUCCCUAUGUAGUGCACUACUUUAGACCAGAGAAUGGCACCCUAUUCCCUAUAUAGUGCACUACUUUAGACCAGAGAAUGGCACCCUAUUCCCUAUAUAGUGCACUACUUUAGACCAGAGAAUGGCACCCUAUUCCCUAUAUAGUGCACUACUUUAGACCAGAGAAUGGCACCCUAUUCCCUAUAUAGUGCACUACUUUAGACCAGAGAAUGGCACCCUAUUCCCUAUAUAGUGCACUACUUUAGACCAGAGAAUGGCACCCUAUUCCCUAUAUAGUGCACUUCUUUAGACCAGAGAAUGGCACCCUAUUCCCUAUGUAGUGCACUACUUUAGACCAGAGAAUGGCACCCCAUUCCCUAUAUAGUGCACUACUUUAGACCAGAGAAUGGCACCCUAUUCCCUAUAUAGUGCACUACUUUAGACCAGAGAAUGGCACCCUAUUCCCUAUAUAGUGCACUACUUUAGACCAGAGAAUGGCACCCUAUUCCCUAUGUAGUGCACUACUUUAGACCAGAGAAUGGCACCCUAUUCCCUAUAUAGUGCACUACUUUAGACCAGAGAAUGGCACCCUAUUCCCUAUGUAGUGCACUACUUUAGACCAGAGAAUGGCACCCUAUUCCCUAUAUAGUGCACUACUUUAGACCAGAGAAUGGCACCCUAUUCCCUAUAUAGUGCACUACUUUAGACCAGAGAAUGGCACCCUAUUCCCUAUAUAGUGCACUACUUUAGACCAGAGAAUGGCACCCUAUUCCCUAUAUAGUGCACUACUUUAGACCAGAGAAUGGCACCCUAUUCCCUAUAUAGUGCACUACUUUAGACCAGAGAAUGGCACCCUAUUCCCUAUAUAGUGCACUACGUUAGACCAGAGAAUGGCACCCCAUUCCCUAUAUAGUGCACUACUUUUGACCAGAGCUCUAGUCAAAAGUAGUGAACUAGUAUAUAGGGAAUAUGGUGCCAUUUGGAACGCAGUUUACAUGUGGUGGUCCAACCCCAAAUGUGUUUUGUGUUUGACAGCAAUUCAUAUUGAUGAAGUCUCCUGAGACUCUCUACUCAGUCAUCCAGCAGGACAUCCCAGCAGCCAAUGGAGUUAUCCAUAUCAUCGACCAGCCAAUCAUUCCCAGGAACAUCCUCUCUGACAGCCCAAAGGAUGAG